AUGGGUUCGAUCAACAAACCGCACGCGGUUCUAAUCCCGUACCCGGCCCAGGGCCACGUCAACCCGUUCAUGCAGCUGGGCAAGCUCCUCCACUCCCGGGGCUUCCACGUCACCUUCGUCAACAACCACUUCAACCACAACCGCCUCCUCCGCUCCAAGGGCGAGCAGUUCCUCAAGGGCUGCCCGGACUUCGUGUUCGAGUCCAUGCCCGACGGGCUGCCCGAAUCCGACCCGGACGCGACCCAGGACAUCGAAGCCCUCUGCGACUCGGCCCGGAAGUACAUGUUUGGACCACUCAUGGAGCUGCUGGACCGGGUCAACGCCUCCGGCGGGCACGUGCCGAAGAUCACGUGCGUCAUCCCCGACGGGUUCAUGUGCUUCGGGAUGUUGGCCGCCGAGAAGCUUGGAGUCCCCGCGGUGCCGUUUUGGACGGCAUCGGCCUGUGGGUUUAUGGCCUAUCUUCACAUUGGUCAGCUCACCCAGAAGGGACUUAUUCCCCACAAGAGUGAGUUAUACUACCUGGACACACCAGUCGGCUGGAUCCCGGGGUUGCAGCACGCGCGGCUACGCGACCUCCCCUUCGCCACGCGCACCACAAACCCUAACGCCAUCCUCCUCAACUGCCUCCGCGACGAGGUCCAAGACGACCUCCGCGCCCCGGCCAUCAUCUUCAACAUCUUCGAGGAGUUCGAGCAGGAAAUCUUCGACGAGCUCAAGAAGCUCUACCCGCACCAACUCCACCCGAUCGGCCCGCUCUCCCUGCUCGAGCGCCACGUGGUGCCAAACGACUCGCCCGUCCGGGCCCACCGCCCCACCCUCUGGAAGGACGACGACAACUGCCUCGACUGGCUCGACGCCCAGCCGGACGGCUCCGUCGUCUACGUCAACUACGGCAGCAUCGCCGUCCUGUCGGAGCAGCACUUCCGCGAGUUCGCCUGGGGGCUGGCGGGCAGCAAGCACCGGUUCCUGUGGAUCGUCAGGCGCGACGUCGUGAAGGACAUGGCCGGCGUGCUGAACAAGGAGUUCCACGACGAGGUGAAGGAUAGGGCGAUGAUUGCGAGCUGGUGCGCGCAGGAUAAGGUGCUGGACCACCCGUCGGUGGGCGCGUUCCUGACGCACUGCGGGUGGAACUCGAUGGUCGAGGCGGUGUGCGGCGGGAAGCCGAUGAUCUGCUGCGCGUACUUCGCGGAGCAGCCGACCAACUGCCGGUUCGCGGCCAAGGUGUGGGGGGUCGGGGUGGAGAUCGACCCGGACGUGAAGAGGGAGAAUAUAUGCGAGCUGGUGAAGGAGAUGAUGGAAGGGGAGGAAGGGAAGAGGAUGAAGGCCAAGGCAUUGGAGUGGAAGAAGAAAGCUGAGGUGGCGACGGCAGUUGGCGGGUCGGCUUACCUGAGCUUCGACAAGGUUUUGGACGUCCUGAAUUCGCCCGUGGAGUGA